CCACUCCACCCUUACCCCGUCUACACAGACACCCACUCCCAUACACAGUAUACCCGCCCUCACUCUACCAUCAGCCCUGUCCAUGCAGACACCCGCCCUCUCACACGGCACACAUUCCUACUCCAUCCCCCUUGCGUCCGCAGUCACUCUUCUAUAUGCCGAUACCCCUGCGUCUCCGGCACAUGGGGCGCCUGCCUUGUCUGUGUGAACACCAAUCCUGUAUCACUCACAUACAAAUAGGACUCCCGUGUCUACACCAUUACCCUCAUCUGCCCGGGUGCCCACCCACCCCUCUCCCAUUCACACAUCCCCACCCUGGCUACCCCAGCGCUGUCCUGUAGGUAGCCUCUCAUGCCCCAGGCCCUGGACCUCCUGACCCCCAUGCACAACGGGGAGAAGCAUCCUCUCAACCACAAGGCAUCCCAAGGGUCCUACAGAGAUGAGACUUAGGAGCUCAGAGACCUCACAAACCGUGGCCACCACACGGCCAGAGGCAUGUGGGUCCGACUUGGAGCCGCCCGAGGUACAGCAGUAGACAGUGGGGCACGUGUGAGGGGGCCUGUCAUGCAUGUGUCCCCUGUGGCCCACCUUCCAGGAAAAACCACGCUGAUUAAGGCCCUGACCGGCGACGACGCUGUCCAGCCCCGGGAUCAGCUGUUUGCAACACUGGACGUCACAGCUCAUGCUGGGUGGCUGCCCUCCCGCAUGGCUGUCAUUUACAUGGACACCAUCGGCUUCCUCUCCCAGCUGCCCUACAGCCUGAUCGAGUCCUUCUCUGCCACCCUGGAAGAUGUGGCUCAUUCGGAUCUGAUCGUGCACGUGAGGGACGUGACCCACCCUGAGGCGGAGCUGCAGAAAGCCUGCGUCCUGUCCAGCCUGCGCGGCCUGUGCCUGCCCGCGCCCCUCCUGGACUCCGUGCUGGAAGUGCAUAACAAGACGGACCUGGUGCCCGGGUGAGUGGACCCACGCCGGCCACAGCCCCACG